AAAUAUUUAGCACAGCGUAAGAAUGCAGUUAGCUAUACUUCUAAAGUACCUAAAGUGAUGAAUGAGCCUCUUCUAUGAGUAAACAAGAAAGUUUGGCGGAUGUGCCCCCUCAGAAGCGGCAAAAGCUAGAGCCCUCCGAAAAUGGCGGUGCCGAGUACUACCCUGGAUUGGGUGGAUUGGACCCCCACAGCAAUGGCAACGAUCAGUUUAACGGGAUGAUGGGUCAGCAGCCCCCUAACAUGGCAUUCAACCAGAACAUGAUGCCAAACCAGCGCUUCUCUUCCGCACAGAUGGAUAGGUAUUUGCCGCAGGGGAUGUACCAAACAGCUGGCCAGACGUCCACGGCCCCUUCCCAGCCCAUCUACCAGAACCAGCCGGUGAUGACCAGCGCCCAGCCAACCCCGACUCAGCCCAUUAUCGGAGGUGGACCCCAGUUCUCCGGACCCCAGUACCCACAGCACAUGAUCGCACCUCCCAAUUACAACCCGUCCCACUAUUCGGCGCAGCAGCGGAUGCAGAUGACACGACCCAUGAAUUAUCCUCCUUAUUCCAGUGCUAUGCUUCCCCAUCAACUAAUCGCGGCAGGCCAUGCGAUCAAAGGGAACAAGUUGAUAUCCAACGAAAGAGCCAAUCAGACGAUGGUAAUGAACCCCCGACAGAUGGGGGGACCGCCCACUGGUCCUCAGGAUCAGAUGGGCAACAUCAUGAUCCCCAACCAGCUGCCCAACUUCAACCCGAGAACACCAGCUUUGGAUCGGAGUUCAUCCAGCGGGAGCACGACAGCUUUUUUUCAAGAACUCAACCAGCAGAUGUUUCACGGCCCAAACCCGGGUAACCCACGCUCCCAAGACGGGUCAGGUGACCACUGUCGCCUAAUCCAACAGCAGCUUGUGUUGCUGCUCCACGCGCACAAGUGCCAGCAGCGUGAACAGACCAAUGGUGAGACACAGCCGUGUAGGAUACAGAACUGUAGUACGAUGAAGGGAGUUCUGGCCCACAUGACCCAGUGUAACCUGGGUCGUGCCUGCACUGUAAGCCACUGCGCGUCCUCUCGGCAGAUAAUCAUGCACUGGCGGAACUGUCCUCGUCGUGACUGUCCAGUGUGUCACCCCUUGCGUGACACAAACAGUCGAGCACUGACCGAUGGAAUGCCCAUGGCCCAUAACAAUCCCGGAAAUCCACAGAAUCACCAAUUGCCCAAUCCUGGAUACCAAAACGAUCCUAAUGCUAGCAAUGCUAAUGCGAUGAACCAUCAGCAACAGCAGCAGCAUCAGCAACAACAAGCGCAGCAGCAUCAGCAACAACAACAACAGCAACAGCAGCAGCAACAGCAGCAGCAACAACAACAGCAGCAACAACAGCAGCAACAGCAACAACAGCAGCAGCCGUCCUGGGGAAGCCAACUCAGUGACGCGAAGCGUAAAAACGUUGUCAUGAAACUGGUCCAUGUGAUUUGUCCGUCUACCAAGACAAACGAAGCAAACGCACACAGAGACAAACGAUUUCACUCGCUCUACCAGUAUGCAGAGCGGAUAGAAAAGACAGUGUACAUGUCGGUCAGAUCUUUUGAUGACUACCAUAAAAUGUUAGCGGAGAAGAUUUGGAAGAUUCAGAAACAGCUUGACGAACAGCGACAGAACCGGGAUAGGAUGAGGAACAGAGCACCAGAUCAGAACGGAAUGCCUCCUCAGUCUCCUCGACUUCCGAACACUGCCUCCCCCAGCGCCAGCAACAACAGCGAUUCCAAUUCAGCUGACCAAGUGAUGCCAAGUCCCAAGAUAAAACAGGAGAAGACAGAUUCCCCAGAUCCGACGACAAAUUCCGUCCCAGUACAUCCGAACCCAGUGACUCCAAAACAAGAAGUUGUGGACACUCCAAUGGUGAAGGUAGAGAAAACCUCGCCGGGUGGGAAGGAAAGUCCGGAGCCGCAAACUUCUCCCAAGAACGGUCCUAUCAACAAAAAAGUUUUCACAAGAGACGAGCUGUACACCGAGCUGCUGCCAAUUCUGGAAACCUUGUAUAACAUGGACGAAGGGGUUUGGUUCAGGGAGCCAGUGGACCCCGAAAAGGAGCUGAUACCAGACUACUUUGAUGUUAUUAAGAAUCCUAUGGAUUUUGGAACGAUCAAAUCCAAGCUAAGCGAUGGUGGACACUAUUCUAAUCCUUGGCAUUUUAUAGACGAUGUCAAUCUAAUGCUGAAAAACGCGUUCACCUACAACCGCAAAAAUACUCGAAUCUACAAACAUGCUGCGAGGUUAAAAGACGUUUUCAAGGCGAAGAUCGGCGCUCCCAUGAAAAAGUUGGGAUACUGCUGUGGCAAAAAUUAUGUGUACUACCCUCUGGUUCUCUACUGUAACGGUUACGGCGGUGCACUCUGCCCCUGGUCCAUUGCUCGAGAUGCGGAGUACUUGGAGUACAUCUGUCCUAACACCAAAUCUCCAUACCACUACUGUCAGCGGUGUUUUAACGAACAUAAGACUGACUACAUUCCCCUGCCGGACGAGAGUGGCAGCACCCUCAACACAGAGAAGAUCUCCAAAUCUCAGUUCACAAAGCUUUGCAAUGACAAGAUCACCGAGGAGGAGAAAUGCGAAUGUAAGGUGUGUGGUAGGAUAUGGCAUAAAGUGUGUGCACUAUAUCUCGAAACAAUAUAUCCUGAUGGUUUUACUUGUCCUAACUGUAGACAGAGCCAAGAGGGCAAGAAGGAGCAUCGCUUCGUCGCUAAAAAACUACCCCACUCGAAGCUAGCCAAGCACGUGGAGGAUCGUGUAGCUAACUACAUGAAGACAUGUGACAUGGGCGGGAACGUUGGAGAGGUGGUGAUUCGAGUCCUUAGCUCUUUCGACAAGUUUGUCGAGGUCAAACCCCUCUUCAGGGCUAGGUAUCCAGACGCAACUGCCAAGUUACCUUACCGAGCUAAAGCUUUGUUUGCUUUCCAGAGGAUCGAUGGUGUUGAUGUUUGUUUCUUUGGGUUGCAUAUCCAGGAGUACAGCUCCGAUUGUCCUGCACCCAACACCCGACGAGUUUACAUCUCCUACCUGGACAGUGUCAACUACUUCAAACCCAGCAGAUUCCGAACCAGUGUUUACCACGAGAUUAUACUGGGUUACCUGGGUUACGUGAAGCAGCGAGGUUAUGUUUAUGCCCAUAUUUGGGCAUGUCCACCACACGAGGGAGACGAUUACAUAUUUCAUUGUCACCCCGAAGCUCAGAAGACUCCAAAACCGAAGAGACUACAAGAGUGGUAUAAGACAAUUCUAGAUAAGGGGAAAGGUGAAGGCAUCGUUUUUGAAUACAAGAACAUAUUCGCGAUGUGCAACGACGAAGAUCUGAGGAGUGCUGUGGAUACGUACUAUUUUGACGGUGAUUUCUGGCCCCAACAACUGGAGGACUCUAUAAAGGAGCUGGAGAGAGAGGAACAGGAGCAGAGACAGCUUGAGGAGCAGGAGAUGCAGGAAGCAGAGGAGCCUAACGAAGAGGACGCCUCCGCUACGGACGGCAAGAAAAACUCUUCAAAAGCAAAAGGUCAGAAGAAAGCCAACAGCAAGAGCAAGAAAAAUCAGAUCAAGAGAAAUGCUGCGAAGAAAAUACCAACAAACUCUUUUGGGGAUGCUCUUUUUGACAAAACCUAUCAAAUUAUGGAGAAGCACAAGGAGGCAUUUUUCGCGGUUUAUCUUCACGAUCCUAAGACCGUUUGCACACUACCACCCAUACAAGAUCCAGAUCCGCUGAUCAACUGCGAGAUUAUGGACGGUAGAGACAACUUCCUCACACAAGCCAAGGAACUCCGACUUGAAUUCAGUACGUUACGAAGAUCUAAGUUCUCCACAUUGUAUCUCGUUUGUGAGUUGCACAAUCGUGGCUCUGGAAAGUUUAUCUACAACUGCAACAACUGCUCUAAAAACGUUGAAACGAGGUACCAUUGCUCUGAAUGCACAGACUUUGAUCUUUGUAUACCUUGCUGGGAAAAGAUAGGUCAUCAGCAUACCAUGAAGAAACUCGGCCUCGGAAUAAUGAUUGACCAACCGUCUAUAAAACAAGAAGUUUCAACAGAGGGAACGAACAAUCCUGUCGACGCAAAACGCAUCAAGAAAGAAAGUAUCCAACGUUGCAUACAGUCUCUGGUUCACGCAUGUCGAUGUAAAGAUGAAGAUUGUCAUCUACCAUCAUGUGCUAAAAUGAAGAAAGUUGUACAGCACACACGGACAUGCAAGAAAAAGAAGAACGGUGGAUGUCCAAUCUGCAAGCAACUCAUUGCUCUUUGCUGUUACCACUCCAAACACUGUGAUGAUGACCAAUGUCCAGUGCCCUUCUGCCCCAGCAUCAAGCAGAGGCUUAAGGUUCAGUCUCGCAUUGUGAAUCGCUCCCGGAUGCAUGAGAUGAGGCGAAGGUGCCAGAUCAUGACAGGUGGAGCAGACAGUGCCCCGGCUCCUCAACAGCCGCCCCAAUUGGGUGCACCGCCCCAGCCACAGAUUCAGCCACCUAAAUCAGCUGCCGAGCAAGCAGCCAAGCAGGCAGUGGAAGUGGCUAAGAAACAAACUCUGUACAACAACAGUGGACCAAUUGUAAAACAAGAAGCUGGCAAAAAUGCUCCUAUAGGUGCGCAUCAAAACUCUGGGCAGCAGAUAUACUCUGGUCCUGGAGGCAAGGCAAACAUUCCUCAACAGCAGAUGAUAAACCCUCGCAUGAUGAACCCUCGCAUGAUAAACCCAAACAUGGCACCUACAAUGAACAUGGGAAUGAGCAACAUGUCGCCCCAGCAAAUGCCCCAAGCUCCAGGAAUACCACCUCAGCAGCUUGCCAACCAGGCGGCGAUGCAGCAACAGAUGACAACCAAUGCGGGGUCAGUGCCUCCCAACACGAGACCUCCAACCACCCAAAUGGUGAGGAGGCAAGGAAAGCCAAGCCAGCACUUUUCCCAACAAGGUCCUGUGAUGAGUAGUCAACAGAUAAUGAGACACGUUGCUCCCAACAUACCUAACCAGGGCAACCCUACCCGACCACAGAGUGGUAUGACAAACAGCGGUGGACGUUGGAUACCUGGCCCAUAUCAGAACAUGCCCGGAAACUACCCGUCAGGGGUGUCGAUGGGACCUGGCAACAUUCAAAAGAACUUCCCUGGCAUGAUGUAUCCUCCCGGAAACAUGAUUCCACAGCCCGGCUAUCCCGGUCCAUCUCCGAUGCCAGCCCAGCAGCUCUACCCUACCUCUGGCCAAGUGAUGGUCCCAGCUCAUCCCAACAACAUGAUGCCACACCCCAACGUCGUCCCUAAUCGUCCCACUGUCCCAGCAGGACAGUAUAUGUAUCCUCCCAGAAAUCCCACUACUGGAAGGGGUCGCGGAACUACAAACAAGAAACAGUCUCGACAGCGUAACUCUCCGCGAGCCAACCCCGCACAUUCCCCAGCUCAUUCUCCAGUCAUUGUUUCACCGAAGCACCACUCGCCCUUGCCCAAUUUGUCACCCCACCAGAUGUCUGCCCAACCCGCACACCCUCCCCCUCCUAUCGAAGCCAUGGAGGCUCAAAACAACUCAAAUAUCUACAACGAUGCUUCUGAAAGGAUGACGGAAAGAGAACGUCAACAGGAGAGCACGUUGGUCGAGUUUGUUGAGAACCUCUGAGCCGCGCACACGUGUCACUUAUCACGUGACCUCUCUUCUUGUAACCAAGAGUGCAGCUCUUCAGAUCCUGAGUUCAGCUCCUUGGAGUAGACAGCCGCGCCAACUUGACAGUGGAAGUGUGAAACCCGCCCUGGCACGUUGUCCGGGUCAAAUGAAACGAAAAGACUGCAAUCUUUGUUCGGUAUCGACUAUCGAUAUUAAAUAACUCCCAUUAGUAAUUAAUUUCAUGAUUAAUUACCUUAUGAUACGUGGGCAUGGGAUAAAGUGUGAAAUAAUCGGUCGACUACGACGUUGCUCUUGCGAUCGGUUUAUAGUGUUAUGAUUGUCCUGCUUUGAAUUUCCUUGGACGAUAUAUGUUUCUUUAUGUAGUGGUCACUUUUAUAUUAUAUAGGCGUGCCGCUUACAGCUUUGACUCCUUUUUGAUCGCGAUGGGCAAUAACUUUUGAGCCCGAAGCGUUUUGUUACUUUUUAUGAUUUAUGCUUGGGUUGCUCUAUACUUCUCACAUUAUCAGAUAGGCUAUGUGGUUCAUGAUGAAAUGGAUGCCCAAAUUCUACGGACUAUAAAAUACUCUGUGAUCAUGUAUGUAAAAACAUAUAAAACAGGUUAUAACAGCUGAACAUGGGCUGAAUAUAAUUACGAAUGUUUCGGAGAAAACAUACAAGAAUUACAUUUUCUGUGUAGUGGCGCUAUAAUAUCACUUAGUUAUCGAUCGAAAUUUACCACAUUAGGCUGAUUUGGAACUUUUUGGCCGUAUUAAUUUAAAAGGGUGAGUCAAAAGUUUUGAAUGUUCGGGCUGGUGCCCAAUAGCUUGCCAUCUGAACAGAAAAUUGAAUACCAUGAGUGACACAGGGACCAAACUUUGGCGUCACUUAUUUGGCCCCGCACAUACUCUUUAAAACUCUACUAACUCUAGGUUUAUGUCUCUAAAGCCCAGAGGCGGCUCGUGGGAGCUGGCUGGCAGUUUUGUUGGGGGUCCAAUCGAUGGACUGGGGGGGAGGGGGGCUUGGGAGCCGGCUCAAGCUGAUCCCUCCAAACUACCGAUUACAUUACACACAGGGCCUUGUAAAUGUAAUGUGUAACACUUUACAGGCGACAGC